AUGUUACUAGUCGCGGUAAUUGGAGGUCCCAUAUAUCUCCACCGGCAAGGAGAGAGCUCUUCCCGAAGCUCGCAGUUCAGCGACACCAAAAAGUUCCGCGACCAUCCUGAUCGCCGACCACCGACCACCGUGGCCCCCAUCCUCAAAGCCUUUUCCCCCAGUGGCCGACCGGACGGGCAAUGGGGGAUGCCUCCUCUGUCGGCAUACACUUCGUUUGAGUCCCUUCUGUUCUUCCAGUCCUUAGCGACUUCGGAUUCCCGACCGACAAGUUUCGCUUCGAUCUCAACACUUUUGCGAAACAACCAGCUUGUGCGCGAGAACGCCGAUUUCGAUGCCGAUCGCCUGACCCCAGAGGCGCUGGAAGAUCUUUAUGCGACGUUGAUGCGCGAUGGAUUCAGUCGUGAUGGUGCACUCCCGGUGAACGGUCGACCCGCAGAUACGUCCAGCCCACCUAAUCCGAAGAAACGCAAGAUCUCCAGUCCGCGACCAGAUGGAUUGUCCGGUGGAUUCACCCAUGCCACGCUCAUCCCAGAGCUAGUGGCACACCUUUACGCCAAAUACAGGGAUCUAGUCACCAGAGAAAUCAGGGACGAUGAGAAGAAAUACACAGAGAUCAGGGCUGAGCUGGAACGGCUACAGCAGGAGGACGACAAAUCAGCCGCUGCGGCAGCUACCGCACCUACGACGGUGAAGCCGGUGCCCAUCGAAGGGAAGGAUGCUGUUCUGAAGGAAGAGACGCCGCGCCCAGAUGUACAUGGUCGGACAGGUCAACCAUUUGCGACGACCGUCCCGAUCGCUCAGGACAAGGCAAAGCCCGAACCACAGCAUAUCGCGUUAAGUGUGCCCUCUACGACAAACGAAACCCCGAAAAUACAACCUGCCCCUCCUGUGACUCUACCUCAAGCUCCACUUCCCCAAGCGCAAACCCCGACACCCAAACCGCAAGAGAUAGCUGGACAAGCACCUCAACCGCAGCCCACCACCACUCAUCCCCCACCAAAACCGUCCAUCCAACCUCCACUUGCUCCAUCUACCCAGAAAGCCCCUCCAACCACACCCGCCGGGCUGCGAGUCACACCGGCACAUCCGUCGCAAAUCGCACCUCGUGCCAAUCCCGUCCCACCUGCGCCCAUUGUCACGGAUAAGGCUGGGCCGUUGGCGCCGGCAUCCCAACGAACCCCCGCUCAGCCGAGUUUCCAGCAGUGGCAGCUCGAUCCUUCUCCCCACUCACCAUACCCCGUCGUCUCGCCAGGUGCUCCUACGCCUCAAGCAGCCCAGGCUACUGCCAAGCGACCUGUACCACCACUUUCCACCAACCCGCCUUUGGCAGGGUCACAAGCCCAGACGCCGCAACCUCCUGCUCCACAAACGCCCAGCGCCAUCCCGUCUGCAGUUCACACGCCUGUCCCAAUUGGCCUCCCACGUGUUUCUCAAACCCCGAGUGCGACAUUCCCUUCUUCUCUCUGA